UUCCACCACUGUGUCUUCACCAUCAGGUCCAGAAACACCGUAAACUAUUCGUAUAAAUAUUUAUCUAUGAAAUAUAUCACUCGCGAUUGACAGAUUGUACGAUUUAAUUGUUUAAAAAAUUAAUUUGUUAUUUCUUUGACGGAGUUACUGGUUUCGGUUUCAACCACUUGUUGAAGUAAUUGCGCUGAAGGAUUCACACAGGAAUUAAGUACAGAAUGAAUUAUCUCCUGUCAACAACUUUUAUCAUAAUGAGUGUACUCUCGGGAGAAAUUUUGGGCAUGCCACCAGCCCAGUGCAAUCCAAGCAUACUGGAUGAGGUGCCGCCAAAGAUUCGCAAGGUCUGUGACGCCUUAUCGACCAUUUACCAGCUUGGUAUGGCUAUGGAAAAUUACAUUAUCGACAAAGCUCCAAUUUUACGUGAAAACGUGCCGGUAAUUGGAAACAACGUUAAGCGCCAAGAUGUUGAUCAUGUAUUUUUACGAUUCGGAAGACGCUAAGAUUUAAAACUAAAGGACUUGCAUUAGAUUUAACCGAACUACCUUGUAAAGAGUCUUAUGUAUUCAAACUUUUAACAGCUAAAUUAUCAUUAUCACAAUCAAGUUAAAGUUAAAAUUUAUUUAAUAUUUUUUUAUGCGAGUUAUUUUAACUCACUAGUCAAAUAAAAGGAAGUUGAUAUUAAAUUAAUUAUUAAUAUAACUGUUACUUUUUUUGAAUAGUUGACUUAUAAUAUUAAUUUUAUGGAAAGUAUUUAUUCAAAAAACAAAAUAAAUUAUAUAUUUUAUGAAAUUAAAUCUUAUAUAUAACAUUUUCCAUACUGAGACGCUACAUAUGUUACCUAAAAUUAAGUGAUACAUAUUGAUACAGACAUUAAAUUCACAAAUAAAUUCAAUCAAAUAAAAAUAUUUAAAUAUAAAUAUAUAUAUUCAUAAAGACAUAAAUGGUUAAAUAAAUUAAUAGUCCACCAAUUAUUCGUAGACGGGAAAAAUAGCGCUUCGCACGAUUGCUUUCGUGUCUUGUAUUUAAUAAAAAUUCAAAUUAUGUGCAAAUAAAAUUUAAUUAAUCAACAUUUCUGAAUUUUGGCAUAAAUUAUAUCUAAAAACAAGUAUUAUAAAUUUUUUUAAUUUUUUAAGUAACAAUAUUUGUAUCAUACUUACCUUUUUGAAUUUAGUUUUUGUACUUAACACUUGUAACUUGUAACCGACUGAUGCAUUACAUAAUAAUUUAAUGUAUACAUUAUUUAAUUUAUUAGUUUAUUUAAAAAUUUUGCAUGCACUAAAGCAUUUGAUUAUAUAUUUAUUGUUACAUAUGUGUAUAUAAAAUAAGUCUAAAAAACAGUA